GCGAUAACUGUUUCGAACUAUUCGGAGCGCGUGGAGCGCGUCAUCGAACCGAUUUCAUUCAGUCCGCAGCGAGUUGCCGUGACGAUCAGUUGUUCUUAUUUACAAAGUGGAAUCUAGCCGAAACCCAUUAUGUCUCUUCAGGAGCAAUUCGACAAAGCCGCCAAAGACGUGAAGAACCUGAAGUCGCUGCCCAGCGACAGCGACCUUUUGGAGCUGUAUGCCCUCUUCAAACAGGCUACUGUUGGGGACGCCGACCCUGCCAACAAACCCGGUAUGCUGGACCUGAAGGGCAAGGCAAAGUUCAACGCGUGGAGCGCCAAAGCCGGCACUUCGAAAGAGGACGCACAAAAGGCUUACAUCGCCAAAGUCGAGAGCUUGGUCGCUUCCCUUGGCCUCCAAUAAAUACUUAUAGACCAAAUAAUAAAUUUCAUACUACUCGAUUUUACGCUACUGAAAAUAUUUAUGGCCCAAAUGCGAUAGCGUUACGGACAUGCACAACAAAAUGUCCCAAAAGUCGAUAGUAUCAAAUAUUUGUAUCACGAAUAAAAUUCAUUUAGAAAUUAAUGAAAUAUAUUAAGUCACUUAAGUAUAGUGAUAAUGAUAAUGGAAGUAUAACAUCACUUUUACAGUGUGUAACAGACACUGCCUGAUAAAAAAAAACAAUUCCUACUU